AUGGACGAUUCAUCGCCAGACAUAAAUAAAUUGGAAUUGAAUAAACUUAAAUGGAGCACAACCAAUUUCACCGUCUCUGAAUUCUUAAAAAAAUUCAAAUUACCACAGGUUGUUAAAGUUACUUCUGGUUUCUAUGGCGAAAAUGAUGAAUCCACUCUAGACGAAGAUCAAGUAUUAUGUUUGCAUUCGGUGAAAUCCAUCAGGAAGCUACACGGUCGAGAUAGCAGCGGUAAAGAUGCUAUUUCAAUCGCGCUGGACUGUCAGAAAAAGAUCGAAGUGAGUCCAUCGAAUUUGAAAGAUGUUUAUGAAAAUGUGGAGGAAUUAUGUUCGGCAUUCCCAAGUUAUGUCCGUAUUUCACAAGGUGAAUUAAUUGCGUAUCACUUUAUAGUCGUACUGCAACAAAAUGGAGUUUAUGCAUGUAAGACGGCGACAUCAUGA